AUGUCCGAUAACACCGUUCCUCUGUGGUGGACAAUUGUCCAAUCCAAGCGAGCAAGCCGGGACAGUACCAUCCCUGCAGAAUGGCGAUUGCAACCUGGUCAAGUGCCGGAUGAACAGCUUAACGUCAUUGACGUCCCUGUCAAGCGCGGGAUCCUGACAUCUAGGGAGUUAGAGAUCACGGAAACGGACGUGACUAGACUAGUACAGAAGCUCAUCAGCCGGGAGUACAGUUCAUUUGAAGUAUAUCAUCAAGCGGUCACACUAGCUUUCUGCAAACACGCCGCCAUUGCACAACAAAUUGUCAAUUGUCUCAGCGAGAUCCUUUUCGAAAAGGCCCUCGACGCUACUAAACGUCUCCAUGCCGAGUAUACAACAACCGGCAUUACUCGCGGUUCCCUUCAUGGUCUGCCCACCUCCCUCAAAGACUGUUUCAAAAUUGAGGGAAUCGACGCAACUAUUGAAUAUAGAGCAUAUGCCAACCAGCCAACUCUACAGGAUGAAACAUGCAAUGCCAUCUAUGGCUACACUUCCAACCCAUAUAAUCGAAAUCUCUCUAGCGGCGGCUUGUCAGGGGGCGAAAGUGCGUUUUGGCUCUACAAAGAUCUCCCUUGGGUGCUGGCACCGAUGUUGGAGGCUCUGUCCGCAUACCAGCCUCAUUCUGCGGUCUUUAUUCUCUUAAGCCAUCUUCGAGACGCUUUCCCACAUCUGGCCUUCGAGAUGGCACGGAGGGCCAAGAAGCAUGACACAGGUCGGGAAAUGGACGCUCUACUCAUGCCAUGUACUGCAUGGCCGGCGUGCGGGAAGUACGAGUUUACAUACGACAACUAUUCGAGUCUAUGGAACGUUGGCUUUGGUAUUUGGGUGAACACUCCUGAGGGAACGACAGGUCAAAUCAUUCUGCCGCAGUCCACUGAGGGAAGCUUCUAUCAGGCUACUUUGGACGGACAGGCCGUAACAAAUGGAUCGAACUACACGGGACGGAAUGACAUUGAAGCAAAAGUCUGGAAAAAUUAAUUUGUUAAACUGCAUGGUGUGAAGGGCUGA